CACCACAGUGUCAGCUUCAUGUGCUUUGAUCAACGUGUCACCGUCUAUGUCAUGCCAUUACAGAGACAGCAUGCUCCCGAGAUUUCCCUAUGUAUGCUAUAUGAACCCAAUGUUUCUCACGAUGCUGUUCAAUUGUUGUCCAUCAUCAAUGUCACCCGAUGGCUUCAAUAUUGUCUUUGCCGCUUCAUCUUAUUGCUGAUAUUCUGCGUCUGCUGGAUAACAUCCAAGAGCUUCCUCCUAUUCUACUAAGCCAUCGAAUAUUUUACUCUGCUCUCUUGGAUACACCAAGUCUGCCUGUGGAUAUCAUUCGCAAUCACAUUCCCGACAACUUGCUUCCGUUGGCUUUUACCGCAUUCAAGUCGCAAACGUCGGUAAGGGAAACAAGUGGUAUAAGCGUGGAAGAGUUUCUGACUCAUUGCUACAACAAUUCUAUGCGAAAUGUGGACGGCAGUCAAAUUCACUUGACUGUAGGUGAAGCCCUUGAGGUUGCCAGAGUCAAUGAUGCAUUGUCGGGCUUAAGGGAUGAGUUUGCUUUGUGUUCCUUGAGGAAGCUUCAUGGUGUAAACCAAGAUGAGCCCAUGGCAAGUGACCACGGCCUCUCUCCUGGCGAAUACUAUCGUAUCUCUCGUGCAUUUUAUAGAUUUCAGAUAUAUCGAAACCUUUUCCUCGACAAGGAGCAGGAGAUUAAUCUUUUCCCUUCUUAUGACGAGGAUGAAGACGAAGAUUUGAGCUCCGACAACGAACUGAAAAAGCUGUUCUUUGAUCGGCAUUCUCCAUGGGUCAAUGAACAACUGGCCUGUGUUUACGACUUUCUUGAGACGAGAUUAACUGGUGGUAAGCUUGACAUCCUAAUAAGUCCUUCACAUACAGACUCCAAAUGAGCUAUCCUAACUUGCGCCCGGAAUAUAGUCAUGCUGACCAUCUUGUCCGCGACCCCAGCCUAUCGGCAAGUUGUUGUCAAUGGCUUUCAAUGGGGAGACAAUCUUACCGAGUGGCUAGCUGAAAAGACCCAAUCGUUUGAGGAGCAGAAAUGCCUGUCUCUCGGUCUUCCUCGUCUCAGUCAGCUUCUCAAGGCCUCGACCUACCAAGAGUGGCAAACGUCACUUGGUGGGGCUACGAACCCUUGCCAAAGCCGACUUGAAGAAGAUCUCGAGGAGUUCAACCGCGGAAGAAGGCCAAAUGAGGAGAACGGAGUUUGGAGGGCCAAAGAUAUUGACAAGCUAACCAGGGAAGUUGACGCCGACGAUGUGUUUACCGAUGAUCAACCCAGACAGACAUGGAUGAAGAUACACUAUGAUCAUGCGCAUGAGAGAUAUCGCUUAGGAUAUCAUGCCUUUGCCCCAAUGAGGUUUAUCUAUGGGCUGAGAGGCAUCGGAUAUGUCAUGUGGGAUGCAGAGAGAAUGAAGAAUGAUGCCUGUAAAGUCACCUUGGACAAGGCGUACCGAGGCGAUGCUGUUUCCUAGGCGACUUGCACGAAAGUCGAGUUUGGAAUUUGGGAUACUUGUGAAUCAACAGCUGUUUAUGUCCAAUCUGGAGUACCUUAGAGCCUAACUGUCAGUUCAAGCCCUCAGACCAACGUCUUUGCACCUAAUUGCAUGCCGACGAGGACUCGAUUUGUGCUGAUGGGCCAGGGCAUCCGUGGGAAUAUAAUCUAACCCGAGACCUCGAUUUCAGGUGAGAAACGGUUGCUCUCAUAAGGUAUAUAUGAUCAGACAAGCUGAGGAUAACUUAGAAUGAACUUGGCAGGUAAGUGCAGUUCAUUUUAUGCGCCCACGCUGAAGGGACAAGUCAAGGAUGCUUAAAUUGAUUAUUGUGAUUUCCCCAGAUUGUGGAAGAAGGUGUACCGGCCUUGCCUAAUCAAGAAGUUUCGCGCGAUGGCUAGUAAGGGAGUAUCGCAUUUGGCUGCCGGAAUCUGUCGGAGUAAGGGAGGCGCAAGAAUAGAACAUCGCGAUCCAUCAUGGUGGCGGGGGUCAAAUGGGGAAGUGGGUUUACCUUGAGGGACUGUUCGCCAGCUCUGGACACUAUCUUGUUCGCUGUGCUCUGGAUGAUCGCAUCACUAUACGUCUCAGAUGCUCGGUAGUGGCAAUGAUACUAUGCAGUGCAAUACACCAUUACUUAAGGAUGAUCCGAGAU